AUGCGCACAGCUCUUCUAACCCCCCCAGCCCACCUCCUCUCUUCUUACCCUCCUUUCCUCGAACACCCCAUCUCUUCCUCAGGCCUGUUUCUACGCUCAUGUGUUGCAAAUGCAGCGCUCCCAGCUGCCCCUCCCCACAGAUACCCCCCCUGUCCUUCCUGCCCAGUGCUCGGCCUCCGUUCCCUCUUCGGCCAGCCGCUUGGCUUCAUGCACCCGCCCCGCAUUUGCAAAGUGCUCCUGCCCCCCAGCCUGGCCCUUCCCUCGCUGCCCCUCCUCCCCCGCUUUCAGCCCAUAAUUCCCCCAUGGGCAGCCCCACCAUGCUCGUCCACCGAGUACUUUUCCCACCUUCCCUCCCCUUUUCCAAAUCGCCCUCCGUUGCGUUUUCCCCUUCCUAUUCUCUACAUCGCCCUCCGCUGUCUUUCCCCACCUGUCAUGGCUGCUCAGCGUCACAACCCAGAUGAGGAGAUGGCCCUCGCUGACGACGAGCUGCAGCUUGACGCCAAGAACUCCAACUGGAAGACCUUCCUGACGACGCGCUCCUUGCAGGCCCUCCUACUGACGGCACCCCUGCUCCGAAGAAGCUGUGCACUGAGGGAGGCGGUUCUGCCACCGUCCCUGGCUCAUCCUGCUCAGCACCCCACGCUCUGA